CAGGAUUGGUGGAUGACUGCUCUGGAUAUGGCCCCGUGCCAAGCCCUUAUGUCUUUAUAUACUGUAAACAGAUGACCGGACAGUCCUGAGUGUGCAUCGCAUCCACUCUGCCUCUCCUCAUCUCCACUUCUCUCUCUUUCCAGGGCCCCUGCAAGCCUUCCUUUGCCUCAGCAUCCACAGGGCUUCUCUUCUUUAAUCCAGCUGACUUUUCACUCUGGCUGUGAAAACAAUGGCCACGCCGAGCCUGCUCCUCUCUCUAUACGUGUGGCUUCUGGCCGGGAACCUCUUAGCGGAGGCGACCUACUACCGCCACCAUCGCUACAUCCCCCACUUCUACCGCUACCGGGAGCACUCCGCCAACACGGAGAACCUCCUCCCCGAGGUAUCCAACCCGGUGUCUGAAGUCUCGCAACCCCGUGUGCCGACCUACCCGGAGGUCCCCGAGGUCUUCCACCCGGCACCUGAAGUCACCCACACCAUACCAGAAGCUUUCCACCCGGUGCCCGAAGUCGUGCAUCCUGCACCUGAGCGGUACCACGCGCAUCCUGCGCGUGAUCACGCGCCUGAGCGGUCCUCUCCUUUCAACACGAGUCGCGUUUUCUAUGGGAUCAUGUUUGACGCUGGGAGCACAGGCACCAGGAUCCAUAUCUACAAGUUCAUUCAGAAAGACCCCGUUGAGCUUCCAGUUCUGGACAAUGAAAUGUACCACGCAGUCAAACCUGGACUGUCUUCUUACAAGGACGACCCUGAAGAGGGUGGCAACACCAUCCGCCAGUUACUGAGGAUUGCCAAGAAGACAGUGCCAGAGGAGGACUGGAGAAGAACCCCGGUGGUCCUAAAGGCCACGGCAGGUCUGCGCUUGCUGCCUGAAGACAAGGCCAGGGCUCUUCUGAAGGAGGUACAAGAAGUGUUUGAAGAAUCCCCUUUCUAUGUGCCAGGCAACAGUGUUACCAUCAUGAAUGGCAAAAAUGAAGGAGUCCUUGCCUGGGUCACAGUGAACUUCCUUACAGGUCACCUUUACUCCAACACAAGGAGGACGGUCGGGAUUCUGGAUUUGGGCGGAGGAUCUACACAGAUCACAUUCCUCCCGAAGUCAAAGAAAACAGUUCAGUCUGCUCCAACUAAUUACAUUGCCAACUUUGACCUCUUCAAUCAAACAUAUCAGCUCUACACACACAGCUACCUUGGAAAUGGACUAUUUGCAGCUCGCUUUGCAACUCUUGGAGCACUGGGAGCUGAUGGUCUGGAUUGGAAAGUCUUCUCUAGCUCAUGCCUCCCGAAAAAGUUCAGGGAAAAUGUGACUUUUUCAGGAACCACCUAUAAAGUUAGCGGGAUUCCAGACGGAUACGCCGGCUAUAAGUUGUGCUACUACGAGGUCAUGAAGGUGAUCAAAGGAAUAAUUCACCAGCCAUACGAAGUGAGAGGCAGCAGCAUCUUCUAUGCUUUCUCCUACUACUUCGACAGAGCUGUGGAGUCUGGUCUCAUCGAUGGCAGUCGAGGUGGUACGGUUGAAGUCAGGGAUUUCAAGAAGAGAGCCAAAGAAGUGUGCAACAAGAUGACCAAAUACCGGGCAAUUAAUCCCUUCCUGUGCAUGGAUAUGACAUACAUCACCUGCCUGUUAAAAGAGGGCUUUGGCUUUAAAGACAGCACGGUGCUUCAUCUUGCCAAAAAGGUGAACAAUGUGGAGACAAGCUGGGCCCUGGGGGCGACCUUUGACUACUUCAGAAACUUUAACAUCCACUAAGGCGGGUCGCUGUUGCUGCAGCUGGCACUGAGAGGGACCGUCACUGUGGGGCUUCCCUUCCUCCAUCAGCCCAUCACCACACACACACACCCACUCCCACCAUGCUUCCUCGCUCACCAUGCCCCUCAUCUCCUCAACCUCAGCACACUUCAAGAACUGUUGAAAAAGAAAUCACUAUUUUUUUACAAGGCCAGCUAUUUCUACUGUAUGUUGAGCUCAUAACUGGCGGGCUGACUUUUAUUUUUGUAAAACGUUUACCUUUUUGAUUCCCUCCGAGUGUCUAAUCUGAAACAGCUUCUCCACCUACCUAUAAAGUGCCUGACAGGCCAUUUAGAAGCAAUACAAGAGGUGGUGGUACUUUGGUGCUCACUGUGGCCCCAGCGUACACUGUAUAGUACAGUGGAACAUUUAGAGACGAGUUGCUGGAGCAGCAACCAUUGUAGUCUUUGUAGAUGCUUGGAAAUCCAUUUUCUUUUCAUGCUAGAAGCAAAUCAUCUUCUAGGACCCCAGUUAAUUUUCUCUAGCCUUAGACAAACUCAAAACAGAGCAGCUGACCAUCAUAUAGCUUCCAUUUACUUUGCAAGUAACACUUUAACUGCAGAUAAUGUAGCCAAGGCCACUCACCUUGAUGUAUUCUACAGCUGUACAUAUUCAUAAUUAGUGGUGGAUUCACCAUGACCCUGGGGCAAAGAGAGAUGUGGAGAGAUGCCUCUGACAGAGUGAAUUAUAGAUGCUGCUACUUAAAUGAGGUUAAAUUCCAUAUUCUUUUAGCAUGCAGUCAUUACUGUAAGAUUAAAAUAUCUUAUGAAGCAGGGCUCAAUUACCUGGGGCCUUUGUGAUGAACUGUACAACCAAAGGAAAAGAAAACCUCAUCCAGGGUAGACCGUGCAUGCAGAUUCAUAAUCCACAGCCAAACAAACACAGCAAAAUGUUUUUGUAAUAACAUCUUUGAAAACUCCUUCUUGUUGUUGGUUGCUCAGAGUCAUUUGUAUUUCUUGUGAACUGUACAAAUAUUUAAAUAACUGAAAGUUUAUGUAAGAGUAUUUUAAUUAUCCUCAUCCAAUAUUAAUGUUUAAACUCUUUGUGUAACCGUUUCAUAAGCCAUGCCUCUACUGUCCUUUUAGUAUUCAACAUACUCCAAUAACUACUGCUGUAUAUACAUAAUGUAAACUUAGUGAAACUUAUUUGGUAAGAAGUGCUUUUACAUUGCAAAAACUUUAUGCCGCACAACUGCUGCCAAAUGCCUCUGUACUCAUACUCAUCAGUAUCAGAGUACACUGAUGCGUGACAAUAUGUACAUUUGAAGAUAAUCCAGUGAGAUCAUGUAUGUGUCAAUAAAACAUGA